AUGCAACCCCCUCUGCCCUCCGUCACACCCACCUGGCGCAACGACACCUACGAUGCCAUCUCACCCUCGCGCCCAGAGCUGAGCGCGGCAGGCAAGACCAUCAUCGUGGUUGGUGCGGGAAGUGGAAUCGGUCGAGAGACUGCCCUGGCCUUUGCCACUGCCGGAGCCUCCCGAGUCAUUCUCCUCGGCCGAACCGAGGCCGCCGUAGCCCAGACGGCCGCGUCCCUGCCUACCUCGGUCCAGGGCGACGUGCACGCUGUGGACAUCACGAACGAAGAGGCCUUGACUAAGGUGGCGGCGGCGGCGGGCCAGUGGGACGUCCUCGUCCUCACUGCCGGUUAUGUGUCCAGCCCCUCGCCUGUGGCGGCAUCGUCCAGCGACGAGUGGUGGCAGAGCUUCGAGACAAACACAAAGGGCACGUACCUCGUCACAAAGGCCUUCCUCCCCACGGCCAACCCCUCCCAUGCCGCCGUCGUUGCCCUCACUACCGGCACGACGGCCCUACCGGCAGUGGCGCUCCCUGGCCUAUCCGCCUACAUGGCGUCCAAGCUGGCUCAGACAAAGAUCAUCGAGUUCCUCGCGGCCGAGAACCCCAACCUCUUCGCGGUCACCCUUCACCCGGGCAUGGUCGAGACCGACAUCUUCAAGAAGAGUGGUGCCAAGGCCGAGGCGCUCCCAAUGGACAAAGUGCAACUUCCAGCCCACUUCACGGUCUGGUUGACCAGCCCCGAGGCGGCGUUCCUGAGUGGCCGCACGGUUUGGGCGAACUGGGAUGUUGAAGAGCUUAAACAAAGCGCCGGGGCAAUCCAGUCCGGUCAGCUGCUGACUAGCGGGAUCAACGGGUGGCCCUACACAAGUCUUGCGUGA